CUUCACGUCCCGAAAGCACUUGGAUUUGCUUCCAUGGUAAAGGAAGGCGCUCGUGCUUAUUCAGGCCGAGAGGAGCAGUAUACCGGAACAUAUACGCCUGUAAGGUGCGCUCGGAAUGAACAAAAUGAUCAUCAAUCACAUCGAGAAGCAGUUCGUCACUUCCUAUGCGGGCACCAUCAGGGAUGUCGAACAACCGGCAGCCAAACUAAUGAUCCAGGUCAGCCAGAUGCAGGAAGCCCAAAUGGGAGAUGUUUUCCAUCUUCGUGGUGGUGUUUUGCGGGGCGUUGCUGGAGGCCGCUUAAGAGCUGCUUUGAUUGGGAGUGAUGAUAUUACCGAAGGGUAUGAGAGAGCCCUGGAUCUGGCUUUGGAAGCUCUACCAAGUCUGGUUACAGUGCAAAGAUGACGACCGUUUCGCCAAACACAUGACGAAACACGGGCGCAUAUUUGGUUUCAUUCGUCAGGUUGAUGACUACAUUCUGGAGGAACCGAGUUUCGCCGUGCGUUUGGACUACCGUCCCGAUUACGCCAGAACGUUGGUGUACGUGCGGAACGUGUCACCCCAUUCGGUGUUGCGACUCAGCAUGGCCUACAUCCACCUGGCAGACGGUCACAUGAAGAUGCUGAUUGAAAGCGAGAUGCGCCUUCCUUGGGGUACGGUUUCAAAGUUUUGCUUCGACAGUUGCCUGCUUUCGGAGCUGGAUAGAAGCUACGGACUGAUAUUGGUUGGACUGGCGGACUCAAAGACAGAAAUAUUGGAACUUUACCACCUGCAAGUGACCGUGUUGAGUCAUUUCGUGAAAGAGCAGCUAAUUUUGAAGAAACCAACGAUUCAUUGUCCGCCGUUGAAUCAGUAUCCGGUACCGAUGUUGAUCAAACAGUUGUUCAAGCACGACUUUUCAACGAAAUCUAAAUUUGAUGGCGCGAAGCAACUGCUGGAUCAGUUGGCUAAAUUCAAGGAAGAGGCCUUGAAUAAGGGGAACUAUAUUAAAUAUUUAACUGUACUGAACCAGAUAGAGGACUUUGAUAUUCAAAUGGAAUAUACUAAGUACAAAAUCGAUGAAGCUAGACUAGUGCCCGGAAUUUCAGAGAAGUACUAUCGUUUGUCGAUCGAUCAAUUUCAAACAGCACCCACCCUUUUGAAUGAUGACUGCACAGUAAGGAUAAUCAUUCCCAGCGAGUUCGAACCCCGUAGCUUCCUAGAAACUAUCCAUGAGAUCAAUCCAGAUUACAUGUUGAUUCAUAGCAGUGGAGGUUUUGAGGAAGGUGGUGCGUAUCGUCGCAGGCCCGACUACGAAUAUCCGGAAGGCGGUGCAUCAUACGAGGAAAAUUCAUCGUACGGCUAUGGUGGAAGUGGAAGACCGUUCCGCGGCCGUGGAGGAUUCCGCGGACGUGGUGGUUUCCGUGUCGGUUUUUAUCGUGAUGGCCCACCGCACCACGGGGACAAUGAUGAAUGGCGUCGAUCAGGAGUCGAUGGCAAAUAUGAUUCACGCCGUCGUUCGUGA